UACGAUUCUCUUCUAGUAUUCUCCACAGGUCUAAUCUAUCCACCAAGUCUGUCCAUGAACUUUAGCUUCUUCGUUCAUCUCUCAGUCGCCAGUUUUCUUUGAACCGACCCUCUCUUACUAACAUUUCCAGAAAAGCCCCAUUCUGUAUUUCUAUGAUCCUUAGGCAGAAGCCUUUCAGUUCUGAGGUACAUGAAUUGUACAGUUGUUCGCAAUUCUAAGAUUCGGUUCAUGUGAAAGUAAUACCGUCGUUUUUCUAGUUCUUCGACGUCUAUGAUGGGAAUUUAUAGCUGCAGCGCAGUGUUGAGCUUCGGCUUGAAAUGUCCAUUUGUUAUUGGAAGCCAUAAGCUGUACCGUCGCAUGUUUAGAGGAAACCCAUUGUUUGUAGAAUCUCCUCAAAAUAGGCGUUUUGGUUGCAAAUGUGGUGCUGGUAUGAUGAUUGGCGAGGUUGUAGACAUGGAAGGAGCAGAUAAAGAUACAGAACAAAGCCCUAGGUUUAUUUGGGUUGAUGUUGGUCUGAAUCUGACAGAAGAACAAGACGAGGCAAUCACAAGGAUUCCUAUUAAGAUGUCAAAACGUUGUCAAGCGCUUAUGAGGCAGAUUAUUUGCUUCUCCAGAGAAAAGGGUAGUGUUUGCGAUUUGUUAGCUGCUUGGGUUAGGAGGAUGAAACCUAUUAGAGCUGACUGGCUUUCUCUUCUUAAAGAGUUGAAGAAUCUUGAGUCUCCAUUUUAUAUCAAGGUGGCUGAAUUUUCGCUGCUCGAGGAUUCCUUUGAAGCGAACGCCCGUGAUUAUACCAAGAUCAUCCAUUACUAUGGGAAGCUAAACCAAGUGGAAGACGCUGAAAAAACUCUUCUUGCUAUGAAAAAUCGAGGGUUUCUCGUUGAUCAAGUGACCCUAACUGCAAUGGUUCAGUUGUACAGCAAGGCAGGGUAUCACCAAUUGGCUGAAGAAACUUUCAACGACAUCAAAUUGCUUGGGGAAGCACUAGACUAUCGAUCUUAUGGUUCAAUGAUUAUGGCCUACAUUAGAGCUGGCAAGCCCGAGAAAGGAGAGGCUUUACUAAGAGAAAUGGACUGCCUAGAAAUCUGUGCGGGAAGAGAGGUUUACAAGGCAUUGUUGAGAGCCUACUCUAUGGGUGGAGACGCGGAAGGAGCCAAGCGGGUUUUCGAUGCAGUUCAAAUCGCAGGGAUUACUCCUGAUGUAAAGCUAUGUGGACUGCUCAUAAACGCAUACAGUGUCUCAGGCCAGAGCCAGAAUGCGCGUUUGGCGUUUGAGAAUAUGAGAAAAGCGGGGAUCAAAGCUACUGAUAAGUGUGUGGCUCUUGUGUUGGCUGCAUAUGAAAAGGAAGAAAAGCUAAAUGAAGCAUUAGGGUUCUUAGUUGAGCUUGAGAAAGACUCUAUAAUGGUGGGGAAAGAAGCUUCUGCUGUGCUGGCUCGGUGGUUUAAGGAGCUUGGUGUUGUUGAAGAAGUUGAAUUAGUUCUCAGGGAGUUUUCAGGUAGCGUGUCUCAAACCCUCUGACCGGCUUAGAACUAGAAAAUACACGCUCUGCUGUUUCUAUGAAGGGAGCCUGCACUGCGUACUGUUUUGACCGUCCACCAAAUUACAGCAGCAUCAUUUUGUCGGUUUUUUGUA